GCCGCACACAUUUUUAAUUUUGGCUCAUAAUUGAAGAAGCAUGGCCGAGUAUGCGCAGGACGUUGCGGAGGCGGAGGAUCUGGUGUCGCGCGCGACGGCCGAGUACCUGGCUGGGCCUGAGUGGGCGCUGAACAUUGCACUAUGCGACUGCGCCAACGCACACCACGCUGUGUGCGACGACAUCGUGCGUUUCUUGCAGCGCCGACUACAGAGUGACAACCCCAAGGUUGCGCUAUUGACGUUGGUGCUGACAGAGACGUUAGUAAAGAACGGACCGCCCGCUAUUCACAGUCAAAUUGGCUCCAGACUCUUCUUGAAUCAGGUAGCAGCGCUCUCGGACGGUAGUUUGGGCGUGGACGUGCAGAACCAAGCACUUUUGCUGAUCCGCCAAUGGGCGGACGCCUUCAAAGGCAGCGAGUUGCACGCCUUCCAGGACGUUUAUAGACAACUCAAGAUGCGGGGCGUUGCCUUCCCUGAGAUCGAGAAUGAUGUCCCUAUCUUCACUCCGCCUUCUUCGGCCUCUAAGGAGGAGAACUAUUCAGGUUCUGCUCCGAUGCGACGCACAAGAGAGCAGCAGUUGGAGAAACUGCACGCAGAUCUGAAGGUGGUACAGGAGAAGAUUAAGUUGCUAAGAGAUCUUCAUAACCGUGGCCAAACUGGCGAGCAGCUGGAAGAUGUUCUGGACUUCUUACGGCAAUGCCAGCCCAGGAUGAACACACUCAUUGAAGGAGGCAUUAUGGGCAAGAUCGACGAGCGCACCUUGGAAGAAUGUCUUAACGUAUGUCAAAGAUACUGGCGAUGAGGUGGUUUUGCUGAGAUCUUUUAUUGUCGUGUGGAAAACAGGUGAAUGAUAUUUUAAUGAAGACGCUGGAGGAAUGCAGUAAGACCAAGAUGCAAGACAUGAUGACGUUUGAUUCGCCACCAGGUGCGAAUCGCACGGCGGGAUUGCAGCAAGAUAUGGGCGAGCUGAACUUGAACGGAGGAGGUAAGGCAUCCGGUUCUGCGGCACCAGCUUCACGACCAGUGACUUCUGCUCGCUCGACUCUAACGACGUUAAAUGAUGACUUUGACAGUUUUCUUAGCAAAACAUCACCGCAGUAGUGACAGCUAUGGUUCAUUAAAACAAGAGAAUCAAGGCUUCAAGCUGCACGAAUAAAGCGGACUUUAUUGGUUUAAUGCAUGUUGUAUGCUGUUCAAUUGAUGGACAUGUCUUUGGUUGUAGC